ACAGCGAAUUUUUUUUGCUUUGUUGCAUAUUACCUUGGACAUUAUCCAGAAAUAAAACAACGAUUGAUACAAGAAUUUGAUAGAGUUCUUGGAAAUGACUUAACAAGACCAAUAACAAAUAAAGAUCUUAAUGAAUUAGAAUAUUGCGAUGCAGUUACCAAUGAAAUAUAUCGUCACUCCCCUAUAGCCUAUUUAAUUGGACGUGUAAGUUUUCAAAGCGACAAAGUUGGAGGAUACGAUUGGAAAGAAGGAACUACAUUUCAAAUGCUUACUUCCGCAGUAUUGAAACAUAAGGAUUAUUGGACUGAACCUGAAAAGUUUGAUCCUGAUAGAUUUUACAGAGUUGAAGAAAGUGAUAAAUAUUUACUCGAAAAGAAAAAAUUGAGGAAUACUUUUCCAAUAUUUGGAGGAGGAACUAGAAUGUGUCCUGGAAGAAAAUUGGCAAUUAUAGAAUUAAAAUGUUUACUAAUAUUAAUUUAUAGAAAAUAUGAUAUUGAAUUAGUUGACAUGAAUGCUCCAUUAAAAUAUAGUUCUGAUUUUAUUAAUUGUUGUACAGAAUUAAAGGUUAGGAUUAAACCAAGAAAAUUUUAA